CGAGCCCCAGAUCCCGCCCGCGAUCCCCAGAUUCCCCCAAAAAUCCAAAAUCCAAAACCCCAAAAAAAAGCGAAACACGAUUCCACGAAACCCUCGUCCCCCUCCUCGUGAGAUCGGAUUCGAUUCAUCUCGUAGGCGCGUCUCCCCUCCUUUCGAAUUCUCCAUUUCGCGCUCUUCUCUCCCAUUCCCCCAAUCUACUUAACCUCCUCCUCCUCCUCGAGCUCCGAAUCCCAAAACCCUAGCCCCACCCGCCGCCGCACGCCGGAGGAGGAGGAGAUGGCUGACAAGGAGAACUCCACCCCGGCCUCCGCGGCGCGGCUCACCCGCUCGUCUGCGGCGGCUGGGGCGCAGGCCAAGCGUUCGGCCGCCGCGGGCGUCGCCGACGGUGGCGCGCCGCCGGCGAAGAGGAAGCGCGUCGCGCUCAGCGACCUCCCGACCCUCUCCAACGCCGUCGUCGUCGCCCCCCGCCAGCCGCACCACCCCGUCGUCAUCAAGCCGUCGUCCAAGCAGCCCGAGCCCGCCGCGGAGGCGGCGGCGCCCAGCGGCGGCGGCGGCGGCUCCCCCGUGUCAUCCGCGUCGACGUCGACGGCGUCGCCCUCCUCCGGUUGGGACCCGCAGUACGCCUCCGACAUCUACACCUACCUCCGAUCCAUGGAGGUGGAGGCGCGGAGGCAGUCGGCGGCGGACUACAUCGAGGCGGUGCAGGUGGACGUGACGGCGAACAUGCGGGCCAUCCUCGUGGACUGGCUGGUGGAGGUCGCCGACGAGUACAAGCUCGUCGCCGACACGCUCUACCUCGCCGUCUCCUACCUCGACCGCUACCUCUCCGCCCACCCGCUCAGGCGCAACAGGCUGCAGCUCCUCGGCGUCGGCGCCAUGCUCAUCGCUGCGAAGUACGAGGAGAUUAGCCCUCCUCAUGUGGAGGAUUUCUGCUACAUCACUGAUAAUACGUACACUAGGCAGGAGGUUGUCAAGAUGGAGAGCGACAUACUCAAGCUUCUCGAGUUCGAGAUGGGCAAUCCUACCAUCAAGACAUUCCUCAGGCGGUUCACGAGAUCUUGCCAGGAAGACAAAAAGCGCUCCAGCUUGUUAUUGGAGUUCAUGGGGAGUUAUCUUGCUGAGCUUAGUCUACUUGACUACGGCUGUCUCCGGUUCUUGCCAUCGGUGGUUGCUGCCUCAGUGGUGUUUGUUGCUAAACUGAACAUUGAUCCGUACACCAAUCCUUGGAGCAAGAAGAUGCAGAAGUUGACAGGAUACAAGGUGUCUGAACUGAAGGAUUGCAUCUUGGCCAUUCAUGACUUGCAGCUCAGAAAAAAAUGUUCAAACUUAACUGCAAUUCGCGACAAGUACAAGCAACACAAGUUCAAGUGUGUCUCAACAUUGCUUCCCCCUGUUGAUAUCCCUGCGUCAUACCUCCAAGAUUUAACAGAGUAGCUGUUUUUGGUCUGCAACUUUGCGAUGUUAACAGUCUGAGCUUGUCUCGAGCUCCCGGAGAUAAAGGAAGAAUUACAGUUGCAGGGCAGCUUCUCAGCUAAGUUAGAGUGCUCUAAGCAUUUAGAUGCUGAAUGGUUUUAAAGCCUGAGCCUUAGGGGGAGAUUUCAGAGUCUAUUUAGGAGCCACUGAAUCGCUAGCAGGCUAACAGGCAUUCUCCUGUUUUUGUAAAAUUGUAGUUCUGUAUUAUAACUUACAACAUGGUGUCUUGGUUUGUUGGGAGAAAAACUUGUAAUGUUUGAUAUGCUGGUCCAUUCCCUUUGUUAAUCUUUUUUUAUGAAAUUGUCGGUUACAGUCUCAGUACCUUCUUUUCCCUAUUUAAGGGUAGAAUCACAAAUGGACUUGAAUAACACUGGUGACUUGAACAGUUAUGCUCGACAA